GCCGUUGACACACGAGGAGAUUGCACAGCGCCGUGAUCUGGCGAGACAGAGACAUGCUGAAAAACUGGCAGCUGAUCAGACGGCAGCAGAGAGCCCCUCAGCCCCCCCCAUCUCAGGGAGCAUGCCACAGGAAGGCCAUUCUGCAGAAGUCAGCACAGCCAAGAUGGAGAAGGACUCAAAGCCACAGGAGGAAGAGGAGCAGCACACCUUCGUGGCGUUUGCACGGAUCUACAGCGGGGUGGUGAAGAAAGGCCAGAAAGUGUUCGUGCUGGGACCGAAGUAUGACCCCGCGAAGGGCCUGAGCAUGGUACACCAACCAACCUUUAGAGAACAUGUUCCACACUCUUCCUGUCUGUAUAAUGUAACAUCUGUUAUUGAUUUGGAGCUUUGGACUUUUAAUCAUUAGAUUGAGUACACUAAUGUUAACCGUAAAGUAGUGCUGGGCGGUAUACCGAUUCAUACCGAAUACCAUGAACUUUUUAUCAUAUGAUAUGAAUUUUUCAUAUACAACAA